CGAACCGCCACAGCCGCCGGGCCGAGCGCCGGCCGGCGCCGCCCCUUCGGGCCCGGCCCGGGGCAUGGGCUGAGGAUGGAGAGCGGCGGCAGGCGGAGCCAAGGUGGUUCACUGAGAGAGCCUCAAACGCCCUCACUGACACACAGCUUACAGGAACAGCUGAGAUACAGAUUAGUUGUAAAGGACAAAGCCAACAGCCAGUAGUUUUUUCCAUAGAAUUUAUUCUGUGCCAUCUGCUGGUGAUGUGAAGCAAGUGAACAUUUCAAAAUCGUCUGGAUUCUCUGUAGUGCUGAACAGUUGUGUCUCCAGCUGAAGACAGUAAAAGCAACAGUGAGUGAACACCCACCUGCUGUCAUUCCCAGAUGUGGUCCAACAAGUCCAUUUAAAGGGCACUUAAGUACUAAGAGUAAUGCUUUCUGCAUAGACUCAUCUCGAAGUCUGACUAACCAAUACCUCAUCAGAGAUCACAUGAUGUCUCAUUAUAGCAGGAUGCUUUCAGCCAAAGCAGCUGUAGACUGCUCAGUGCCCAAAAGUAGGCUGACCAGCAUCAAAUUUGCCGACCAGCAAAGAAGAGAGAAACUGAAAAAGAAGAUAGCCAGGUGUGAAGAGAAAAUGAGUGUGUGUGAAACUGUCUCCCGAUCCAGCUCAAGAGACAGUGGAAGUCUGCCAUCCUCUUUUGGAAAGAGUUUCUUGGAAGAGGAAGACAAAGAUGGUCUCUUCCCCUGUGCUGGCCAGGCAGAGGACCUAUGUAGAGCACUGUCUCCUUAUGGGGAGCAUGGCUUGGUUCACACUAAUAGAGUAAAAUAUGCCACAAAAUGCUCUCGGAAUACAUCUAGGGCAUCUUACUCAACCUCAGGUAUCAGUACAUCAAGGCCACCAAGAAACUGCUCUGGACUUUCAUGUAGUCGCUCCGCUGUGAGCACUAGUCAUUCCCAGAGAUGUCAAAGAAGCAGCCCCAAAGAAUGCAGCGGGGAUCUUCUAGAGAGGCACUCUGAAUACUUCACUAAGAGCCGAAAACCUUUUACUCCACGCACCUUAAUAUCAGAUGCUAAAUCUUUCCUGUUGCAGUACAGAUAUUACACUCCUGCUCGAAGGAAAAAGAAGAAUCCCCGCAAGCAGCGUGUGGAAGUUCAGACACAGACCGAUGUGAUCAGGUUUUCAUGUGCAGACAAAGUGUCUGGGAGAAAAGUUAUGACUGAACAGCAGAAGAUAACAUUGAAGGCUGAAGAUAGAAGAUAUACUGUGGAUGAGCCUGACAGAGGAAUAGAUGCUUGUCCAUGCGCCAUCCUAAGAGAGACAUCGUUGAAUUCUCAGAAGUCUUCACCAAGGAAGACUGUCGAGGCUCAGGAAGAGGAGCUUUUGUAUUUAACUUUCAUUGAAGAUGUAACAAAUGAAAUUCUUAGCCUUGGCCUAUUUUCUAACAGGGUUCUGGAACAACUGUUUGAGUGCCAUAUAGAAGAAAAUAAGCACCGUUUGGAUGAGGCCAAAAUGCGCCACAUGUUGGAUGUGCUGAAAGCAGACCUCGGAUACGGCCCAGACAGCGAGGCAGAGCAAAUCCAUGAAGGCUGUGAAAGCUUUGACUCACUGGAUCUGCAAGAGUUUGAUACUGUGGAAGAGCUCAAGUUUACCAGUAAAGGUCACAGGGUAAGAAAAGCCACAAAAAGUGAAGAGUUCUUUGAGACCAUGGAUUUAUCAUUAAAGGAACCAAACAAAUGUGAAUCACCAUUAUGCAGGGAAAUGUCAAAGGAGACACAGAGCGUGGAGGACUUUUCGGAAGACAUGGCAGAAAUUAUGGAUGCUGGGACAGAGUCUGAUUUUUGUGUGAAAUCUGAAGAACACACAGACACUUCACCCACAUGUGAGGCAACUUUAAACUUGAUUGCUUGUGACAGUGAUUUGGAAGUCAGUAAGGAACUUGAUGAUCUUGAGGAAAGCUUUGCAGAGGCCCUUCAGAUCUCACAUGAUUAUUCAUAAUAGUAGCCAAAACUUAAAUAGGAAUAAAGCUACUUCUGUGGUGAACUGCCAUUUGUCAAA